AUGCUCGUACGGUCCCUUAGCACAUCAGCCUCAACCGCUCAAAUGAUAAAGCCUCCAGUCCAAAUUUUUGGUUUGGACGGCAGGUAUGCCUCGGCUUUAUAUUCGGCGGCUUCGAAAAACAAGGCUCUGGAUAACGUUGAAAAAGAGUUGUCUCAGUUCCAACAGUCAAUUAAAACUGAUGCAAAACUGAAGGAAUUUCUCAUUAAUCCAACCUUAAAGAGGUCUUUAAAAGUUGAAGCUUUGAAACAUGUUGCAUCCAAGAUUAACAUGUCGCCAGCGACGGGCAACUUAUUGGGUCUUCUAGCUGAAAAUGGACGUCUUAGUAAUUUAGAAGGAGUCAUUAACGCAUUCAAAAUAAUGAUGGCUGCUCACCGGGGUGAGGUUACAUGUGAGGUAAUCACAGCUAAGCCUCUUGACCAAGCUCAAAGACAAAAUUUGGAAGCUGCUUUAAAGAAAUUCUUGAAGGGCAAGGAGACUCUUCAACUUACUGCAAAAGUUGAUUCUUCUCUCAUUGGUGGUAUGAUUGUAUCUAUUGGAGACAAAUAUGUAGACAUGAGUGUGGCCAGCAAAGUUAAAAAAUAUACAGAGUUAAUUAGUGCGGCUGUC